UCAGUACUUCAGCCAGCCGCCCAGCACCCAUUUCCAUUUUGCAGAAUUUUCAGAAGAGCCAUCCUUAGUUCCAAAUUUCCAACUUCCUGCUUGCCUUUGGCUUUUCGGAUAUUUUUCAAAAUAUCAUUUUCUCUUCGUUUCAUUUCCACGCUAGCAAUCCGAUGUUCUAUGCCCCCUGACAUGUCCUCAGUCUUAUCCUGCGCCCCCCUGCUUGGUUCGGCUCGCAUCCAUAAUGAUCCAUCCCACUGCGGCAAGCAAACAGGGGUGAUGUGGAUUCAAACAGCCUCAUCGUCUUGCCGUGCUUGCCAGCAGCCGGCCUAAGCAAGGACUAAAAAAAACACCGCCAGUACUAGGAGCCCAAAAUCUCAGCCGGGCCUACGCGUAAGUACAAUAUGCGGCUAUCAACCCAUAUCGACAUGUUUGCUCGCCUGCUGGUGUGUCAGUUAUCGCCGGUGGGCUCAGGUCUCGUGCACACCCGGCCUGCCGUUGCUGCGCCGUGCAGUGCGAAUCCGAAUAUAGGAGCGACGUCGAAAUCUGCCCAGAAUGGUGCCCCCCUCGAAACCACGGCGUUUCCACCGCACGCAGCCUUUCACCGGACGCAUGAUUCCUCGUUCCAGUUUGCCUUGGUGGGGUCACGUUUCGACGAAGUCUUGGUCCCCAAUGCUGCAUCAAUAGACCGCGGCCACCCGUGCGGCGUGCGCCUUUCUUUGCCCGGCUCGAUGCUCGAGAGGCGGCCCAGCGGGCAUAGACGGCCACAUGAUUGGCCUGUGCGGAUAGCUCCGGUGCAGGGUCUCGCGUCUUUCCACUGCUGCUGCAUUGCGGGUAUGAGAUUUGCCUAUAUUCGUUACGUCCAUCAUCGGAGUUUUGGACGGAGAGGCGGCAUGUGUGCCAAGCACUCGGAGCCAGUCGAGUUCGUACUUGCGUGUGUUAUCAAUGGCCGUCACAAUCGUGACGGCGAGUCGGCAACUGCCUCCCGAGCUAUUAUUUUCUUUGCUAUUUCCAACUGCCCUAGUUACAUACCUAUCCCAAAAGCAUGCCGGGCAGGCUCUUCACGCCGCCCUCAAACCCAAGGGAUAUUUCUGCUUCGAACGCAGAGCCGGCUUGCAUGCGAUGGCGUCUGGCAGCUUGGGUGGUCCCUACUUGCACAUGCGUCCGAACAUCUUCUCCAUCGAUUCCACUCAUGUGUCAUAGUCGUUACGUCUUUGGGCUAGCGUGAACGGGCGGGCUGGCUGGUCCAAGCUUUACCAUGUACGGCUCCUCAAGCCAGAACGCCCAAAAACUGUUUAUUGGAAAAUCCCAAAUGCCAGUUUAGAUCAACUGCGCAUUUCGUGCUCAGGCUGAGGUGGUCUGCUUUUCCUAUGACCUAGAUGCCAUGCACAGCCCGUAGCACCAGGUGAACCUAAGUUCCAUACCCUGUAUUGUAGGUCCGGAGGAUACGCAUUAAAUGCAGCGAAACAGUCAUCGGCGCUGACAGAGAGACACUCCAGACCGUUGACAACUGGCGGGUUAGGGUUUUAAGGUCCCACAAGUUUUACCUUUAAUCAGCAUGUCAAAGGGCAGUUUUCGCCUGUGCAGUGGGGCUUCAGUGAUCGAUCGCCCUGACAUCCC